AUGGCAUCCAAAGAGAGCAUGGAGAUGCCUCCGCCGCCACAGAAGCGCCGCGUGGGACCGCAGGAUGACCUUCCGCAUCCCCGCAGGCAAUGCUUCAAGAGGAAGUUUGAGUCAGACCUCGAGAGUCGCUUUCGCGACUUCCUGUUGAAUGCCGUCCCUCAGGUACAGCCAGGUGCCUUGGGAACCUCAUCCAGCAGGGUCGCCCUAGCCAUCGGCCGUGUGGUCGGGAAAGAGACGCUGCAAGACAUCAUACUGCCAGUGGCAUCGGAGGUGCUCCUCGAGGAUGGACCUGGGCACAGCUUCCUGCCAGACCUUAGCGACACGCUGGUGCCAAGACUGCGUGCCUUCCUGGACAGCCGCGUGGCCGCCCACAAGGCAAAGCCACUACAGGAACGGCGAUGGGCAAGUGUCAGCUUGGAGCAGAGGAGUGCAGCCGCAUGCAGCUGGCGAGCUUUGGCGACUGUCUACUGUCCAGGAUGUAAAUGGCACUAUCAGUUGAGGAUCCGCGAGCCGCCGACAAAGGAAGGACCUGACAAAGAUCGAAAGGAGUUCAACCUGGUUUUCCAAAAAGUGGCCGGCAGCCAAGAUCCAGCGUGGACCGUGUCCAUCGUGCAAUGCGGCGAGACAAUCUGGACGGAGCUUCGCAUGAACGAGGUUUUCCUUCACAACCAUCGCGAACGCAUGCUUGCGGCACAGCAGCACAACUUCAGUCGCCUUUGCCGAGAUUUCCGCAGAAAUGCGCAAGCCCUUCAGAGGGUGUUGGAGGGCCUGGACCCUUGCAUGUCAGGUGAUGGCGGGAAGAAGCUCUUCUAUCCCGGCAUCUUUGACAUGGCUUCACAGGUUCAAGAAUUCUACGUGAGACGGACGCGAGCGCAGACGGAUGCUGCAGGUGUAGAUCCAACUGCGAGAGUCAGACGCUUCAACAACUGCAUCAAGACUCUCCUCCUGGAGAGCUUUAUGGACGACAUGGACGGGGACUUGAGCAUUCUUGACCUGUGCUGUGGGAGGGGCCAGGACAUGCAGAAGUACUCACGGGAACAUCGGGCCUGCACCGUUGGAAACGUGGUCUGCAUAGACUUCGCGGAAGAAGCCGUGGAAGAAGCCAAGCGUCGGUAUGGCGACUUGGUGGCUAGAGGUCAGAAGGUCGGACGGCGAGAGUUCGCAGCGUCAUUUUACGCUGGCGACUGUCGUAGCGCCGAAGUCUUCAAUAAGCUCGCGCAGGAUGGCUGCACAGAGUUUGAUGUCGUCGUGUGUCAGUUCGGCCUCCACUAUCUCUUGGGAGCAGAGGAGGAUGCCCGGCGCCUCCUGCAGCGGGUCUUCUCACUUCUUCGGCCGGGCGGCCGCUUCAUUGCAACGGUGCCUUCGUGCGAGGUUCUGGCCGAUCUCUACGAGCAAGCGACUCCGUUUACCGACAGUGCAAGGAUCCACGAACGAGAACUGCAGCGGAGCUUGUUUCAUGUUCACUUUGGAGGAGAAGCGUGGGGACACUUGAACAGAGGGGCACAAUUGACCCUGGAUGAGGUCUUCCAAAGUUGUUGGGGCCUACCUUAUCUCUUCGAGUUGCAGGGCGCUGUUUGUGCUGAGGAGUAUCUGUUGCCUUGGGAAGCGUUCGAAACACUUGCCGAAUCCAUCGGGUUCAGUCUGAUGGCGGACGCAUCCUUUCCGGACCUCCUCCUGGCUUUGAAGGACAAGUCGAAGUUCUUCAACCGUGUCUUUUGCAGAGACAGAAACAACGCCAGCAUGACCAGCGACGAAGAAGAAGUCUUCAAGCUGUGUCUGUGCUAA